AUGACCCGUCUCUUGCACGAGUUUUCUUCAACGCUGUCAUCUGUGCUACUGUCUGAUGUUCAUCCUCAUCAGGUUCAACAUACCCGCAUAAGUAUUGUGUGUCUAUGCAGGUAUGAAACUGAGGUUAUUGAGAAGAUUGUGAAAGACACCUCAGCUAAACUGCCUCCCAUGCCUUUACAAAUCAAGCACCUAGUUGGACUUGAUUCUCGUUUCGAACGGGUGAAAUCUCUAAUAGAUGUUGAAUCAAAUGAUGAAGUUUGUAUACUGGGGAUCUAUGGGGUUGGCGGAAUUGGCAAAACCACAUUUGCUGUGGAUCUGUAUAACAAGAUCAGGCAUCAUUUUGAAGCUGCAAGUUUUCUGGCUAAUGUCAGAGAAAAAACAAAUAAAAGCAUUAAGGGCCUGGAAGAUCUCCAAAGGACACUUUUGUCUGAGAUGGGUGAAGAGACAGAAACCAUUAUUGGCAGUACAUUUAAAGGAAGUUCUGAAAUAAAGUGCAGGCUUGGACAUAAAAGAGUUCUUCUGAUUGUGGAUGAUGUUGAUUCUGUAAAACAAUUGGAAGCAUUAGCUGGAGGAUAUGAUUGGUUUGGUCCUGGUAGCAGGAUCAUUAUAACAACAAGAGAUAAAGAUGUUCUACAUAAGCAUGAUGUUGAAAUUAAAGGAUAUAAAAUGGAGGAGCUAAAUUAUCAGGAAUCCCUUGAACUCUUUUGUUGGUAUGCCUUUAAUAGGAGCAGAGCUGCAGAAAACUUUGCUAACAUCUCUACUAGUGCAGUAAGAUAUGCAAAGGGUAUUCCGUUGGCAUUAAGAGUAAUAGGCUCCAAUUUGAAGGGUAGAGGUCCUGAAGAAUGCGAGACUGAAUUACAGAAAUAUAGAAAGGUUCCAGAUUCAGAGAUUCAAGGUGUACUGGAAAUAAGCUACACAAGCCUAUCCAACUUGGACCAGAAAAUUUUCCUGGACAUUGCAUGUUUCUUCAAAGGGGAAAGGUGGGAUUAUGUCAAAAGGAUACUAGAUGCUUGUGAUUUCAACCCGGAUAUAAAAGUAUUUGUUAGUAAAUGUCUCAUAACUGUUGAUGAAAACGGUUGCUUGGAAAUGCAUGAUCUAAUACAAGAAAUGGGUAGAGAGAUUGUUCGGAAGGAAUCCCCAUCAAACCCUGGUUACCGCAGCAGAUUAUGGUGUCAUAAAGAUGUUCAUGAAGUACUUAAAGAAAACUCAGGAAGUGAUACAGUUGAAGGAAUAAUGCUUUAUCCCCCAAAACAAGAAAAAAUAGAUUAUUGGACUAUGACAGCCUUCAAGAAGAUGAAGAACCUCAGAAUUUUGAUUGUUCGCAAUGCAAUAUUUUCGUCUGGUCCUAGUUAUCUGCCAAAUAGUUUACGGCUAAUCGAUUGGAAGGGGUACCCAUCAAAGUCUUUUCCGCCAGAUUUUUAUCCCCACAGAAUUGUUGACUUCAAGUUACCUCAUAGUUCUCUGAUAUUUAAAAAGCCAUUUCAGAGAUUUGAGGAUCUGACAUUCAUCAAUCUUUCCCAUUGUCAAUUCAUAACUCAAAUUCCUGACCUGUCUGGAGCUAAAAGCUUGAAGGUAUUUACACUUGAUAAAUGCUAUAGACUGACAAGGUUCGAUAAAUCCAUUGGGUUUAUGCCUAACCUUGUGUACUUAAGUGCUUCAGAGUGCACUCUGCUCACAAGUUUUGUGCCAACGAUGUAUUUGCCCUCUCUCGAAGUGCUUUCAUUUAACUUUUGCAGAAGACUUGAACACUUCCCUCAUGUAAUGCAAAAAAUGGAUAAGCCAUUAAAGAUAUACAUGAUGAGUACUGCCAUUAAAAAGAUUCCGGAAUCCAUUGGUAACCUUACUGGACUUGAGCAUAUAGACAUGUCAGUUUGCAAAGAGCUUAAAAAUCUGCCAAGUAGCUUCUUUUUGCUCCCAAAACUUGUCACUUUAAAAGUUGAUGAAUGCUCUCAACUUGGAGAAUCAUUUCAAAGGUUCCAAAAGAGCCGCCAUUCCGUGGUAAAUGGCAGUUCAAAUUUAGUGACACUUCAUUUUUGUGAGACUAAUCCAUCAUAUGAAGAUCUUUGUGCCAUUCUUGAAACUUUUCCAAAAUUAGAAGACUUAAAUGUAUCACACAACGGAUUUGUAGCCCUACCAAACAUCAUCGGAGGAUCUUCUCACUUGAAAAGUUUGGAUGUUAGUUUCUGCAGGAAUCUUAAGGAAAUUCCAGAACUUCCCUUAAGUAUUCAGAAAGUAGAUGCAAGAUACUGUCAGUCCUUGACUUCAGAGGCAUCAAGCAUGCUAUGGUCUAAGGUCUCAGAAGAGAUUCAAAGAAUACAAGUUGUAAUGCCGAUGCUGAAAAGAGAAAUACCUGAAUGGUUUGACUGCAUAGGCACUAAAGAGAUUCCACAUUUCUGGGCUCGCAGAAAGUUUCCUGUUGUUGCUUUAGCAUUAGUUUUCCAGGAAUCGAAAAAGAAACUGUCUGAUUUUGAACAUGCUUUCCAGUCAGCUGUAGAAUCGUUCACUGGAUUUGUGAACUGGCACACUGUAAGCCUCCACUUGUUUAUUGACGGACAAGAAAUAUGUGGUAGAGAUUACCACUGUUUCAACGUUGGAGAAGAUCAUGUGUUAUUUUGUGAUCUGCGAGUCUUGUUCAGGGAUGAAGAGUGGCAGGGCCUUGACGCAAGUCUUGGAGAUGAUUGGAAGGCCAUUCAGGUUCAAUACGAAUCAGACCUGAUUCUGAGUCAUUGGGGAGUUAAUGUGUACGAGCAAGAAACAAACACGGAUGAUAUCCAAUUCAGGUUUCCCACUCCCAGCUCCAGGAGGAACUUAAUUCCAUCAUCACUUUUGGUUCCAAAAGGUUGUCCAAAGCAGAAAAUGAAACAUAUGCUGGAAAGUUUUGAUCCACGAGACAUGUUUAACAAGAAUCUGUCUCUAAUAGAGUCAGAAGAAGGUCCAAGCAGGGCUGGAAAAGUACUUUUGAGAACCUGGAGGAAUGCUAAGGCUGAGAUUACCGAGGAAGCUUCAAUUUCAGUCUACGGGGCAAGUUUAAAGCAAGAACACGAAGAAUCUGUUGACGAUGUGGUACAGGUUUUAGAGAUGAUAAAGGAGAAUGUACCCAAACAUUUUUCUGAUUCAAAUCCUGAAGAAAUGCAAUCGUUUGGUGGAUUUGUAGAAAGAUUAUUGAGGGCACGGGUAGAAGUAAUGAAGGAAAACGGGUUGGACAUGGGUAUGCCUAUUCUUCUAGAGUACACUGACGGAGGAGGAUCUAAAUAUCGACGCUUUUGGGGAGUGUUGCAAUUAAAAGUGGGAGAUCCAUUUUACAAAGCAGUGUUGAGGAAGUAUAUCCAACUUUCAUUGGAAUUUUCGGCAAGCAACAAAGCCGCCUCCAGCUCAGGUUCGUGGUUUGAAAACUUGAGGAUAACCAUUGUUUUAUUGAAAUGCUUGGAUCCAGCCAUGGAUGAAGCUUUGGGCUUUGGCUACGAGGAAUCCUUGGAGGAAGGAUACUACGAUCCUGAAUUGGAAGAAUUAAUGAUGAGGAUUGAGCAAGAUGGUAUGGGGUUUAAUAAAUCUUACGGCAAAAUGAAGGCAUCUAUUGUUCGAACCGAUGAAUCGGUUUCUCCAGAGUAUUUAUUUGAGACAUUAAUCUUCAGAAGACUAAUAGCUUUGGGGAAAUUGUCAAUGUUUGGAUCUGCAACUAAGUUCAAGAUAACACCGUAUGGGAAUAUAAGGGUUGAGGACGAUGCUUUCCGCAUUCCGAAGACGUGCUUCUGGAGUUUGAUCUUGGUUCUUCAUCUACUUUUCUUCAUAAUCAUAUGGUUAUUUUGUUUGGUAGGAUAUGUGGGGCUUUUGAUUUGUAGAAUACCAGUAAUAGGAAAGAUAUUAGUGUGUGGUUGGUGGCUUGUCAUGCAAAUUCUUGUAUCUUGUAAAUACUUGUAUCAUAGAAUGGGUAAGAUUAUGAAAAUAAAGAAGAAGGACUUGUAAAAAAGUAGUAGCAAAGCAAUGCUGGGAGUUAAAAGUUACUUUGGUAAAAUGUUUGUCCACAAUUAUCUACAAUGGUUGAAUUGGGAGAGGACUUUUGCUGAAUCACAACCAGGUUUGAUCUUCAUCCUCUUCACCCAUGCAAGAGUUAAUGUUGAUUUUUAUUGUUCUUUGCUUGCAUGCAACCCCUUUUACCUUAAUGAAAUUGUACA